AUUUAGUAAAAAUGGGGUGCAUAUAGAAUUACACUUUUUGAUUAAUACGUGACUUUAUUUGCCCCUUUUAUCAAUUUAAAGUGAAAUUGAGGUCGGUAGUAUUUGAGGAACUCAAGUCUCAUUUGUUAAGUUCUGUUCUUAUUCUAGACUCCCAAGUCAUUAGAAGGGACAAUAUUGGAUCUUCGAUCAAAACUCUAUGGGCCUAGAGGAUCUGAGUCACUGACGUCGAUGGAAUAUCUUCCCCUUCACCGCUGCAAAGUUCACAAAUGGCAAGCCUUCAUCCACAGAGCCCAUGCCUUCAUUCACACUGCAGCUUUAUUAUCCAUCUUUUACUACAGGCUCUCUUCCCCCUUUUUACCUGCUGCUUUACCCUGGCUUCUGGUAUCUGUUUCCGAGAUAUUUUUAUCCUUUCUCUGGCUCUCCAGCGCUGCCUUCACAUGGCGGCCGGUCACCCGGACCGUCUUUCCCGAAAGGUUGCCGCCCGGAAAUGAGCUCCCGGGCAUCGACGUCUUCGUCUGCACGGCGGAUCCUAAGAGGGAGCCAGCUCUGGGAGUGAUGAACACGGUUUUAUCAGUCAUGGCUCUUGACUACCCACCGGAGAAGCUUUCCGUUUAUCUCUCCGAUGACGCCGGAGCUUCCGCCACGAGGCGCUCCCUGCGGGAGACGUGGUGGUUCGCUCGGACUUGGGUUCGGUUCUGCAGGGAGUUUCGCGUGAGAAGCACGUGCCCGGAGGCCUUCCUUUCCGAUCCGCUUGCUGGCACUGACGCCGGCGCUGAGUUCUUAGAAGAAACAGAAAGAAUUAAGGUCCGUAUAAAAUUCAAUUUCCCAGCCAGAAAUCUCCUCAGUCCGUUUAAAAUAGUCAAAAUAGUAGCAGAGCGAAUAUGAGAAAUUCAAGGAGCAGUUGAGAGUCAUUGGAGAGUCAAAGGAAAUGGAUAUGAAUGCUCAAAAUCACUCUUCCUCAGUUGAGAUAAUAGGUGAAGGCAGCUUUGACGCAGCAAAUGGAAGCAAAGAUGACAUGCCCCUUGUUGUGUACGUUUCCCGUGAGAAAAGACCUCUACACUCUCAUCAUUUCAAAGCCGGAGCUCUCAAUGUUCUGCUCCGAGUGUCUGGAAUGCUGAGCAACUCUCCUUAUAUAUUGGUGUUAGAUUGUGACAUGUACUCUAAUGACCCUUCGUCAGCUCGUCAAGCUAUGUGUUUCCAUCUUGAUCCUGCCAUCUCUUCUUCAUUAGCCUUUGUCCAAUUUCCUCAGAAGUUUCACAAUCUUAGCAGCAAUGACAUCUAUACUUCGGCCUUGGCCUCCAUUUUUGAGGUAUGGACAUUUCUGAUCUCAAAGACUGUUUUGGUCAUUCAAAUGAGUUCACGAGUUCACUUACCAGAAGCAGCCACAGAAAUAGCGUAAGAGGUAACACAGAGUGGACGAAUACACUGCUCAAAGAGACACAUUUUGUAGCCUCUUGUGGAUAUGAGAAAGAUGCACAAUGGGGCAAAGAUAUCGGUUUUAUGUAUAACUCAGUGGUGGAGGAUUACUCAACAGGGUUUAUGUUGCACUGUAGAGGGUGGAUCUCAGUGUUUUGCAACCCGAACCGGGCAGCAUUCUUGGGUAGCACCACAACAAACUUGAAUGACACAUUGAUCCAGGGCACAAGGUGGAAUUCUGGCUUGCUGGAUUGCUUCCUUUCAAGAUUCUGCCCUCUUAUUUAUGGAUUACCAAGACUACCCCUACUUGAGUGUUUAUGCUACACGCAUUUGGCAUCUCAGCCUCUCUACUGCUUACCGGCUUGGUGUUUAGCCACUGUGCCUCAGAUCUGUCUCUUAAUUGGCCUCCCAAUAUACCCCAAGACCAAUUCUAUGGUCGGAAAUAUCAACGUAGAAAUCGGAUGAUCAGGAAGGACGAUUCUGGAAUCCAAAGUGGCUGAGAAAGAAAUCUGUGAUCUGACAGUUUUAGGAAACUUCCUAAUCUGCAGCUUCCUAAUUAGCAUUUAUCUCUUUCUCUAAUUAUUUCUAGCUUCCUAUUCAAUAAUCUGCAGCAGUUUCCUAAUUAGCAUUUAUCUCUUUCUCUAAUUAUUUCUAGCUUCCUAUUCAAUAAUCUGCAGCAGUUUCCUAAUUAGUAUUUAUCUCUGUUCAAUUAGCUAUUAUGUUUCCUAUUAUGUUUUAGGAAACUUCUUAAUUAGCAUUUAUUUCCUUUUAGAAUUAGGACUCUUGUAAUAGCUAUAUAAGGGUCAUUAGUAUUAUUCAAUAAACAGCUUUGGAGAAUUAAUUUCUGGAUCUCUGGAAUACUUCCAAGAUCAGAUUAAUUCCACUGAGCCUUUCUUUUAAUUCUUCCAGUUAAUACAUUCAUCAUAGAUUCCAAAUUUCAGAAUUUUCGAAGUUCUCGUUCCCUGCCAGUCUCUCGUUCUCGUCCUUGGACGAGAUCUUGUACGUCUGCCCUUAACAACGAACACCGGCCCAAUAAAACACUCACGCGUAGGUAUUUUCCACGGUGACUAGUGAUCUCUAAGGUUCUUAAAUUUUGUUAUGUGUGUUUUUUAUGUCCACAUUUAAUUAGAGGAUAUUUUAAUUUUCCGGUUCAUAUUUAAUUGAUGUAUUAUUCUGUACACAUUCCCUGUUCAUUUUUUAAAGGUUUCUAGUUAUGAUGCAGUAAUAUUCAACUCUCUUUUUUGGUAGGCUUCAAGUCCAUGGUUUAUCAUAUAUUCAUUUGCUUUUAUCUCUCCCUUGGCGAAGUACUUGUGGGACGUUCUCAUCACCGGGGGAACUAUCCAAACAUGGUGGAAUGAAUGGCGAAUGUGGAUGAUCAAGUCCAUAACUGCCUAUUUUUAUGGCAGCCUAGAUGCUAUCCUCAAGCUGUGUGGAAUCAGAAAAGCCAACUUCAUACCAACAUGCAAAGUUGUUGAUGAUGAACAAAUGAGAAGGUACCGAGACGGCAUAUUUGAUUUCCAGGCAUCAUCAUCCCUCUUUCUUGUCCCUUUAGUAGCCUUAGUCAUACUAAACAUGGUGUCCUUAACCUGGGGAAUUGCAAAGUUGAUCGUGGUUGGAGGAUGGAAUGAAUUCUCCGGCCAAAUUUUCCUUUCCUUCUUCAUCUUGCUAGUGAACUAUCCCUUAGUUGAAGGGAUGACGUUUAGGAAGGACAAAGGAGGGAUUUCACUUCACAUGACAUUGUUGUCGGCCUUAUAUGCUUUAGUUUUUGUGAUAUUUAGCGUUGCCUUUUGUUAUGUAUAUUAAUAUAUGUUGGCAAUUUAUUGACAAAUAUAGCUCAAGUGUUCAACAUAGUCCUUGGAGCUUUAUCUUAAGUAGGUGCAGUAAAUUUUAAAUUAUUGAAGAUAAUGUUAAAGGUAUAUUAAAUUAUUAUUAUUACUCUAUAUUAAAGUUA